AUAAUAACUAUGUCAUAGCUGUUGAUACACAUGUGAUAAAAUUUCUUGAUGGAAAAGCUCCCGAUAUUUAUACUUAUUCUAAGGGGUAUUCUCUAACUCUACAUACAGUAGAAGUUAUAGAAGAAAUAAAACCUUUAGAUUCUUGUUUCACUCAUACACAUAAGGGACAAGUUUUACAAUAUACUACUAUUGCGUUGAAGUAUCAGAAAAACCUACGUAAGAAAAUUACGGGAUUUUUAACUGAUUGUCAUAAUAUUGGAUUCAUCAGGAUUUGUAGGAAUUGGAAUGGCUGUGGUCCAAUAUUGCCAUUCCGAUCAUUAAGACUGAUGGAAGCAAUAAAAGCCAAGGAAUUAACCGUCAAGUGUCAAGAUGAUCUAUUCACGCUUGUACAAUCGCUUAAACGAAGAGCAA